UAAGGAGUUCUGUUUCACUUAUCAAUGAACGACUCCCAUCUCUGUAGGUUCACUCGGAAUCUUGUGGGGGAAGAGAUUUGGAGAGUCUAACUGUCGAUCCUGAUUGGUCAAUGUAACCUGCUUUUCUGACGAUAGUAAAAAUAUAGAAUGAUUUAUAAAAUGGAAGAGGAUUUUUAUUUCUCCCAAUGGAAUAAUUGAUUGACUUGCUUAUUUCAUGAAACAAAAAUUGCAUGUGUUGAGAUGGGAGACCAGAGUGUUAACUUGGAGAUAGGACUUGUAGACUGAAUGACAAGUAUUCAGGUCAAAUAAAUUUCUUCUGUCUGUGAAAAAAAAAGAAAAGCAAUAGAGAUGUGGAUCAGACAGCCAUGGGAUUCCAACUCAGCAUCACCGAAUGUUUGAUGGAUUGUGGGUUAUUUCAGGUCUCUAAGAGCAGUGACUGCUCCCUCAUGAAUCUUUAAUGCCGUGUUAUAACAAAUCAUGGGUACCCAUUGAUUUCUGUCGGGCUGUGUCUAUAGGAGAGGGACGGUGGUUCCCUGGAGGGUCCCCACCUUUUACCUGUGGUGAGUCACCACCCUCAGUAUUGAUCUGAUCGGAGUCGUCGGUGACAGAGUAACUGUAUCUCUCUCCUCGAUGAACCUGGUCUAUGCUUGUUCAUCUAUUGAUCCAACAUCACAAUCUCAUCAAUUAACCGGUGAAAUAUGAAGAAUUCUGUCUUCUAAUUUUUUGUUUAUUUUCAUGAGUGAUUUGUAAGUGGAAUGAAAUUGAGCCAGGCAUGACAUGAGGUUGAAUUUGUGAGUAAAUUCUCAAUUCUCCAUUGUGAUUUCUUUUUUCGGCCUGGUUUUCACGGUGUUGUUGAUUUGAUGGUCCUAUUAAGAAGUUCGGAAUUUAAUCAAGACUUGAUUACUUGGCUGCAAGGAUUCCUGGGCAGUAAAAGAGAAACUCGUAACAUAAAAUGGCAGACCAGUGUUCUUCCUCCCUGUCAGUUUAAUCAGCAGUGAAAAGGAAAUUUCAUUCCGGUGAAGUUCCUGGGAUUAAGUCUUUCAUCAGUUGGUUGGAUUUCGGAUGACACUGAGGAAAUACUGCAUUGACAUUUCUCUCAAUAGUUAUGUUUUUUUAUCUGAGAAAGUGUUGAGUGUGAUUUGUGCAACAACGGUUAUAAGGAGUUAUGUCCCCUAUUUGUGAGGGAUUUACAUACAGUUUGGUGUAAUGAUUAAUACGCUUAAACGACUGUCGCUGCCGUACAGAAGGACGAAAACCGACAGCUCUGUCAUACCCAAGCGUCGUUCAUGUGAACCUGUCUCGGCCCCAGCCUGUUCAUGUGAACCUGUCUCGGCCCCAGCCUAUUCCUUUGUCAACAGCCAAGAAUGGACGCUCAGUCGAUCAGUUCCGGAUCUCAAACUGGGAAUUCUGGGAAGUGUUCACAGUGGGAAGUCGGCUCUGGUUCACCGCUACCUGACUGGUUCAUACAUGCAGGAGGAGUCCCCAGAAGGGGGACGAUUUAAAAAGGAGGUGAUCAUUGAUGGCCAGAGUUACCUGCUCCUGAUCCGAGAUGAAGGGGGAUCUCCAGAGCUACAGUUUACCCAGUGGGUGGAUGCUGUCAUCUUUGUCUUCAGUCUGGAGAAUGAGAUGAGCUUCCAGACGGUGUACAGCUACUACGCCAAGAUGUGUCACUACAGGAACUCUGCGGAAAUCCCCCUCAUCCUAGUCGGAACCCAAGAUUCUAUCAGUGAGAGCAAUCCGCGAGUGAUUGAUGACACUCGGGCCAGGAAGUGUGCGACAGACCUGAAGCGUUGCUCUUACUACGAGACCUGCGCGACGUACGGACUCAACGUAGAACGGGUGUUCCAAGAUGCAUGUCAGAAGAUUGUCCAAGUGCGCUACCCCUCCCUCCCCUCCACCAUUCCCUGUAUGCCCCCGGUCCCCAGCACCCCGAUCCAUGCCCACAGGGCAUACUACAUCAGCCAGCCCAUGGCCAACAAACCGUUUGACACCCAUAGUACGAGUAGUCAGUCCACCUCCAGCUCCGGGACGCUGGUCACAACAGGAAGCACACCCAGCGGCAGUACCCAGAAUGUGGCUCAGGUACAGCCCAAUGUCAAGGAGGUUUCAAAAGAUAGCAGACAGGAGAAGACUGACAAGAAGAAAGAGAAACAGGAAGCAGAACAGGGGGAUAGGGUAGACCUAGCCACCUCCACGCCAUUGUCGGCCCGUAAAAACAAGAAAUCCUCGGUCAUACAGAAGUCUAACUCCUUCAGUUCAUUAAGCCUUUUACAAGGUGCCACUGAUAGCCGGCAUUCCAAUACAUCGGUCACCACCCCUAUACUCCAUCGGAAAAAUUCCAAGUUUUUAAAAUCCAGCUUUAAGACUCCUGACAGUGAUUUGGGAUUGGGAUCGUAUUCCUUUAUCAAGGAUAAAAUGGAUAAAUAUCUGAUGGAAUUAGAAAUACAUGAGAACACUUCCCCCGUAACUCCGACGGCUUCGCGAGUUUCCAACAAAGGGCGUUCCAGUCUCGUGCUUGAAAAAUCCGAUAGCAAAGAUCUACCAACCCCCAGCAGCACACCCACUCAGAGUCGAAAAAAUCGACGCAGGUCUAACCUGUUUAAUCCUAAAAACAAAGAGGAGGAGAAAAAAGGGGCAUCUGUAGAGGCGGAGAAAUUAGGCAGCGGGCGAGUAAUUCCAAUCAAACAGGGAUACCUUUAUAAGAAAAGUCAUGGUCUGAAUAAAGAAUGGAAGAAGAAGUAUGUUACCCUCCUGGAUGAUGGAAGAUUGACUUAUCAUCCAAGUCUACAUGAUUAUAUGGAUGAUGUUCAUGCAAAGGAAAUCAACCUCAUCCACACGACAGUCAAAAUUCCCGGGCUCCGACCGCGGACAACCAAAACGGUCCCUAACUACCCCGCUCAGCACCCCAACCAAGACGCUAAAGGUGAAAGUAAAACUAGCUUCUCCCUGAGUGGGAAAUCAAGUAAAGAUAAGGAAAAUGUUCGUCUGACGGGAUUUGACGUCAUUCGGGAGCGUCACAACUCAAAUUCUGACGCCCCGUUCUCUAAUUCAGUCACGGGGCCAUCUGAAGGUGUUGCCAAUGGAGAUGGAAUAUCAUCUAAGUUAAAUGGGAACAGCAUAGGGUCCAAGAUAGACACUCCAAACGUCAAGAAACGGCAUCGGCGUGCCAAGAGUGGCGGACUCAAAAACGUGGGGGAUGGAGAUGACUCUGACGGCUAUGAGUUCAUGAUCGUCUCCCUAGAAAACAAACAAUGGCAUUUUGAGGCUGGAGACUCCCAGGAGAGGGAUGAGUGGAUCAACGCAAUAGAACAACAGAUUCUGAACUCUCUCCAGGGCAACGAGAUCAACAAGUCCAACAAACGCAGCACGCCCUCUGACCCCGCUGGGAUGCAGGCCAUACGCACAAUUAGGGGAAACAACUCCUGCGCCGACUGUGGAGCACCUAAUCCAGACUGGGCCAGUAUUAAUUUAGGUACAAUAGUUUGUAUAGAGUGCUCAGGGAUACAUAGAAACCUAGGAACUCAUCUCUCUCGAGUACGAUCGCUCGACCUGGACGAGUGGCCGCCUGACUUGGUCAGAGUGAUGAUGUCUAUAGGAAAUGGCAUAGCAAAUAGUGUUUGGGAAAAUAGCUUAAAGAACCGAACAAAACCUGGUCCUACUUCCCCGAGAGAUGAAAAGGAGAAGUGGAUAAGGGCUAAAUAUGAAGCAAAAGAGUUUCUACCGCCUCCACCGUACUUAGAUAUAGCUCUUAACCAGCAAUUAAUAGAUGCAUUAGUGAGAGAGGACAUUAGGAAUAUCAUAUUAGUGCUAGGUCACAGUCGGGCGGAGGACAUCAACUGUCCGUACAGCAAGGAUGACGGAAGGACCGCCCUCCACAUCGCGGCGGCCCUCGGGAACGUGGUCUAUGUCCAGCUCCUACUCUGGUACAAUGCCAAUGUAAAAGUUGUGGACCAUGAGGGACGCAAUGCAUUGUGGUACGCUAGAAGUUCCGGCUCCACCGAGUGUGUGGAACUUCUAAUGAACAAUGGCUGCCCGGAACAUCCCACACUACCACGAAGACGGGGAAGCAGUGCUCAAGCAGGCAAGAACGACGUCUUCGAAAAACUGCCCGCCAGUGUGAUUUGAGCAUUGCCAUGGUGACUGUGUGCAUGGAGAUAAUACUGCCGCUAACCUUAGUCGUACCUGUCUGAAGUGACUGAUAACAAGUGUGAAAUCCAGCUCUGUUAUGACACAAAGUGGCUCAAAUCCAGCUCGUUCUUUUAUUUUUGGAUUACUGCAAACAAAGAUGAUAAUCUACUGGCUCUAGAUUUUCUCACCUUUCUUUAAAAAUUGAAUCUCAGAAAACCAGGAGCAAAAUGAAAUGUCGGAAUAAUUCUGUGGAGGUUGUCGGAAGUCAGUUGUGAUAUGUAAUGGAAGUCUAGUAUCAUAUAUUGUCCUUCAUACAUGACGUACAAUGUAUAUCAAGCUAUUAACUUUAAUACAUAUAUUUUAUUUAUAGAAAUAUAUAUGAGACGUUGUGGAUAUUUAUGGAGCGAUUGUGAGUUCUUUUUGUGUAGGUUUUACAUCAGUGUAUGUGUCGCCAGGCUUUCUUCAGUUCCAGGAAAGAUGGAAAGCAAUACCAGUCAUAACCAUACUCAAUAUCCUCUGUUUAUUGGGAUCAGUAUUUAUUUACUCGACAAUUGCCGAUUUUUUAUUGUACCAAAACGUUGAUGAUGUACACCAGUAUUUGAUGACAUGUCUGCACCCUAUUUCAAAAUAGUCUCUGCCUAUUCUCAGUAUAUGUGCCUUUAUUAAAGAAAACAUUUACUUCUCUGAUGAGGUUGUACACUUACCGGUAGUUGCUUUCAAUUUUUAUUUUCUGCUUUUCUGAAAUUUAAGGAAUACUGACUGUAGAAUUUUUGUUAGGUUGUGACAUGAAAAGUGAUUUAUCAAUAUUAUAUACCAGAUGUAUGUGUAUAGCAAAGGAAAAAGGAAAGAGCAUGUUGUAACCAUGGAUAAGAGAGUUCAGCUCCGACCAAGCUUCCCAUCCCUCCAGCCCAGUGUGGGCUGUCACAGUCACUGGCUGCCUCUGUGUUUACGUGCAAUAUAAACAGACAUGUGUCGGCAUUAUUCAUCGCUGGGGGGCUGUUUUGCCCCUGCAGCAUGUUCACUCUCUCCAUCCUACAUCUGUUUUUGCCCAGGGACACCAGUUCGGAUGGAACCAUGCGGUGUUUGUCUGGGGACCACAUCGACAUCUGUUUAUGCCUGGGAGACACUGGUCAGGAUUGAACCAUGCAGUGUUUGUCUGGGGACCACAUCGACAUCUGUUUAUGCCUGGGAGACACUGGUCAGGAUUGAACCAUGCAGUGUUUGUCUGGGGACCACUGGUCUUCUCUCACAGUGCUUGUACAACUCAAACACUCUUAGUAUUGAAUAAAAAAUUGUACCACUUCUUAUAUUGACAUUGUAACAAUUUGGUUAAAAAAAAAAGGUCUCAGCAAAAAGCAAUUUGUGUAUCUUCAAGAAAUUGUGUUGUUUCAUCGUCCAGUGACAAAAUUUCAAUUGUUUCAAGUCUCGCGAUGUCUUGCCGCCGUGUGGCGCCGAAUACUCGACAGUUCAAUUCAUGCUUACUAAUCACGCCUAGUCCCGCCAUUCAUUGGAGAGCAGGGGAGUGAGUCCGACCGUGUGUGUGUGUCUGUCUGUGUGUGCAACUCAUUGUUAGGUUCCUUGUGUAUGUAUUAGUGAACAGAAGUCACAGAAUUAAAGAAUCAGAAUCUUG